AUGCCGCCGCGAUCAUCCCGCACGACCGUCUCUGCGCGGGCACGCUGACAUCCCGUGCGCGGGCACGCUGCAUAUCAGUGGAACGCGUUCACCGCCCGGUGUGAAAGUCAUUUGGAGCGCAAAGGUAACACCUUUUACCUGUUUAAUAUCUCCGAGGACAAAACUAUUUCAUUAGAGCACGACAGGAGACAACAUGGCUGAGGACAUUCAGGCCAAACUUGAGAAAUAUCGCACGGCUCCCUUUGAUGCCAGAUUCCCCAACCAGAACCAGACCAGGAACUGCUGGUCCAACUACCUGGACUUUCACCGCUGCCAGAAGGCCCUGGAGGUCAAAGGAGCCGACACGGCUCCCUGCGAGUGGUACCGCAGGGUCUACAAAUCCCUCUGCCCCAUGUCCUGGGUCCAGAAAUGGGAUGAUCAGAGAGAAGAGGGGAACUUUCCAGGAAAGAUCUGAGACUUCGUCUUCAGACCAGAGAUGAAAUCGGUUUGGAGACCACGUGGUUCCGUCCCCACCUUCCAACUGCCGUCGCUGCGACCUUCAGCUGACCUUCAUUCCUUAUUGUAAGAACUGUAAAACAGAUUCUGCAUUAAACUAUCAGGAAAUAUA